CUGAGGAAAGUGAAACAGUCGUCUCUCCGACAGCUGAUGAGUUCCAGUCUCAGUCGGUUCAGGCAAGGGUCGAAGGAAGAAAGUUCCUCGCCGUUAUUUUAAUGUUUCAUUCGCAGUAGUUUUCGUUUGACGAGCCAAGGCUCUCGUCCUCAGAAGAAAGCAGUCGACUCGCUAUUAUGGGAAGAAGGAAAGAAGGAGUCAGCGUUUUCCGCGACAUCGUCAGACAGCAGUACGACGACUCGACCAGGUUCAGGCUUUAUAAAAGUGUCAAAGGAAGUCAAGAUUGGGUUCAAAGGCUCGGGUUUCUGAAAUCACUGCCGAUACAUGCUGGUUGUGUCAACUGUAUAUGCUGGAACGAUAAAGGGGACAAAUUAUUAUCGGGGUCUGAUGAUCAGCAUCUCAUUGUAACAAACCCCUACAAUUACGAAAUUGUUAGCAACUACAAGAGUAGUCACAGGGCUAACAUAUUUAGUGCAAAAUUUUUACCUUUCACUUGUGAUACUGGGAUUGUUUCAUGUUCUGGAGAUGGCAUGAUUCUGUAUUCAGAUUUGAGUCGGAUUGAGGAAACACAUAAUAAUAUAUUUAACUGUCACAUCGGCACCACUUAUGAAAUAGCUACAAUACCCGAUGACCCCAAUUCGUUUCUUAGCUGUGGCGAAGACUGCACUGUCCGUUGUUUUGAUCUUAGAACUAAAGAGAAAUGUAAUAAAACAAGGUGUACUGAUGAUGUGAUAAUUUCUUGCCAAAGAGCUGUUACAGCCGUCGUUGUAAAUAGUAUAAAUCCUUAUCAGCUUGCGAUCGGUUGUUCAGAUAGUUCAGUAAGAAUUUAUGAUAGAAGGAUGCUUGCUAUGUACUCAGGAUAUUCUGCGACACCUUUUGUGUCAUAUAUUGCACCGGGUAUGGAAGGACGAUCCUACCGCAUAACUUCUUUAAGUUUCUCGCCGAAUGGUUCUGAUAUUUUAGUUAGUUAUUCAUCAGAGCAUCUGUAUCUUUUUGGUAUUAAUAAUAGCAAAGUUACCACACUCAGUCCAGAAGAAUCGUUAGAAGAUAUGUCAGAAACUUGUCCAGAGAACGGUUCAUCAGAUACAAACUCCUCACGAGUCGUAACGGUCAGACGAUUGAGAUUAAGAGGUGACUGGUCAGACACUGGACCAGAUGCUCGACCCCAAAAUGAAUGUUUAACAGGCGGAGCCCAAGCCAGGCCAACUCUCCAUGGAACUCUGAUGCAGAGGAUGACAGAUGUCUUGUCAAGAAUGUUAAAUGACCCAGCUACUAGAGCAGCAUUGAGUCAUGGAGGGGAAGAUUCGCUACCAGAAACGGUAGAUCAUCAUUCUUCAUCACAAAGUGAGCCAUCACAAGGUGAAAAUCCAGAAAAUGUUCCGUCCGCCCCUCCAGUGGAAGAUGUCCAGCCAUCUCUUCCAUCAGAAUUGUCUCGUAAUCAAGACAACCCCUGUAGCAGUAAUUCACUUGAUGUCGAUUCAAUUAAUGGGCCAAGUACAAGUGCUCAAAAAGAAAACGAUCCGUUAGAUCUACCUCUUCCAUCUUUUAGUUCUACCUACUCUUCAUUUGUUAAGCCACCUACUGAAGAGCCCCCCUCUCUGGAAACACCAUUACACGAAGAGCCCCUUGAGCAAACUGACGAGACGAAGAUGCAAGAAGAUUCUCCACAUCCUUCUACCUCAACCGGCGCCCCUUCGUCUGAUCUCAAUGAAUUAUCAUCAAUGUGUCAUGGGUUUGUUGAAAAGCAUGGAAAGGAACCAAUGUUGAAUUUAACUUAUUCAGAUGUCGGUUCUACUGCAUCAUGUAUAUCGGUUUUUGUCCGAGAUGAAGUCCCAGGAAAUUCUGCGAGUGAUUCUUCUAGUCAAGAUACAUUGUUACAAGAUACUUCUCAAAACAAUGAUUCUCACGAAUGCCAUUGCCCCCACGAGCCGGUUGCUUCCCCUGAAGCAAUGGAAACUCGAUCUUCUGAAGUUGAUGAUAUAACAGAAGACGAUUCGGACGACGAUCUCACCCCAGUAAUGCGAACCGAAUGCCGUCUGGUCCAUCCUAUUGAAAAACACAUGGAUGAAGCGAUCAAAAACGCGAGAGGAGAAAUGGGUUCUAAUGACGAUUCGGUCAAAACAAGACGGUCUUUCUUUAAACAAAAGUAUAUAGGUCAUAGAAAUGCAAGGUUCUUUUGCAGGACUAUGAUCAAAGAAGCUACUUUUUGGGGCGACAAUUACGUCAUAUCCGGCUCGGACUGUGGCCAUGUAUUUAUGUGGGAGAAAGAUACGGCCAAGCUCAAAAUGCUACUCGAAGCAGAUCAGCACGUUGUCAAUUGUGUCCAGCCCCAUCCAUACUUGCCGAUGUUGGCCACUUCUGGCAUUGAUUAUGAUGUGAAACUUUGGGCUCCAGUAAAAGAGGCGCCUUCUUUUGACUCAAACAUGGCUGAAGAGUUGAUGAAGCGAAACGCUAUAAUGCUCGAAGAAACCAAGGACACUAUAACUGUGCCGGCAUCUUUUAUGAUUCGAAUGCUGGCCUGCCUUAAUCAGCUAAGGAGAGGUGGUAGAGCGCGGCAUCAGAGACAUGAGCCAACCGCCAAUAGUGAUUAAUUCAUAUCAUUACAAAACAAAAAAGCAAACAAGAAUAACUUUUUUUUCCAAUAAUGGUCGGGUUGUUUAAAGUAUCAUAGGAGAGGACUCUUGCUUUGUAUUACUUUUUGGAAUAUAAUUUUCUCCUGUUUUAUAUCUCAAUGCUAAAUAAAUAGGGAACCGGAGUAAAGUAUAAUGCCAAAAAAAGCUACCUUUCCUGCGAUAUUUUUGUAUGUAAAAAAGAAAAAUUUUAUUUAUUGAACAAUUGCUAUUAUGGAAUUUCUUGUAGAUAUAAUAUUGACACAAACAAAAUUAAGUAAAAACACAAAAAUCUUGUACAAAUAUGAUACAAUAUUGUAUAUAAUAAAUCCCCUUUUUUAAAA